AUGUCCCAAAAUCAUAGAGAACCACCUGGUGGAGCACAAACAGCGUACUCGCAUGAGAGAAGCAUGGCGAAAUCUGUUGAACCUACAGACCAGGCACAUUUGUACCACGCAUCUGAUGAAUUGGAUCAAAGAAACCUGGCUCCACAAGGCAGCAUCAGCCAAGCUAUCACUGCCACGAAUCAAGCAACAGGCAUAGACUGUAAAGCUGAUCCAGAAUUCAGUCUAGAUCCCAUUCAGCGUGCAUCCUCACAAAACACCAUUCGAAACCACUCGUUUUCAAAGAGUAAUAUCAAUCAAAGAUUGGCUCAAGACGAUAAUGAUACACUAUCCAGCUCAAUGCAAUCAACUGAGGUCAACAAAUCAAUCAAUGAUUGCAAAAAUUGCAUCAUUCGUAACAGAGACCGUAACCCAUUUGAUAGAAUUUCUUUUUGUAGCAAAUGCCAAUGCAAAUGGACCAACUUCUUACCCAACCGUCUUAAUACGGACAGCGACAAUGGCAGUGUAACUCACAUGCUGCAGGAUCGGCACAUACGGUUGACUCGCACUAUGGUUCAGGAGUUGGUUGAUGACUUUGGUUUUGGACCCAAUGUACAUGGCUACCGCCGUCAUCGUCUCAUCAAGCUAGCCUUCCCACUGGACAAGGUCAAGAAAGAGUGCAUUGGGGUUUUGUGUCGACUAUAUCAAGGAAAAGUAAAAGUGUGGAUUCCUGAACUUCAAAUGAUUGAAUGGCUCCCUGUUGGCACUCGAAGAAUUAAACUGAUGGAUUCUGAAGAAGAAAACGAUGCGGAAAGCGUUCUCAGAGGUUCCAUUCCUACUAUUGAUGAUAUAGAGCUACUCGCUGAUGGACAAGAUCUACAGGCGCGAAGAAGCUCUCAUAGAAAAAGAACCAGAUCGAAUUCAUCAACUCCAAAGAAGCCUCCAAACGCUCAGCACAAGCAAGAAGAAUCGACCAAAGCAAACACAGCAGACGGCCGCUUGGAUACUGCACCGCCUAUAAUCAACAGAGCGUACUUGACUACAGGCGCUUUCGCUACCAGAAAGGCUGUACACCAGCUCAAAGAUGACUAUGGCUUCAUUCCGAACCCCUUUGGUUAUGCUAAGAAUCAAGCUGUUCAAAUAUUAGACACCAAUUAUGGCAAGAGCAAGUCUUGGUACAAUGGAACAUUGGUGGAAAUGCGGCCAGGCUACGUCAAGGUUCACUACAACCAAUGGUCAGAGAUGUAUGAUGAGUGGCUCGUGGUUGGCAGUCGAAGAAUAAGGAUAGCUAAUGGUGCCGGUGCUGCUGUGGACGACAUGUUAUGCUCUGAUAAGCAGUUGAUGGUAAUAGCUGAGGAUCCUGAUGCCCAGCGUGAUGUAAAGAGAAAAAGGCGACCAUUGAAGUUGCAGCAAAAAAGACAGGAAAGCGCAACUCGUGGAUCUGAACAAAGCAGCCCAAGACCCAUCACAUCAAGACGAAUUGCUCAGUUAAAGGCAGCAGAAGCUGAGAAGUUUGUGCCCAAUGUCUAUGGCUAUUAUCACAUGCAACAUGUAAAUGUCCUGUAUCAUGACAAGAGAUACUACGAAGCACGAAUUGUUGGUAUACAAAAGAACAAAGUCAAGGUACACUACUGUGGCUGGACUGACGACUUUGAUGAGCUGAUCCCCAAUGGCAGCCAGCGGCUACAAGUAGUCGACGCUGUGGAAUGCGUUGAGCCUGAACGAGACAAGCACAUGUCACUCGUCAAACACAAUGAGGAAGCCACAUCCUUCAGUGUUCCCCGAGCGAUGGAAGCCCAAGAAGCCAUUAAACUGGAUUCCAACGAGCAAUUAACUAAUGAGGAAGAAGAAAUUAUCAUAGUAGACGAUGCAAUGGUGAAAGACGUAAUAAUUAAAGCAAACGCAUCUAAAGUGAACUGUAACCACUGCAAAACCACCAUCCAAGACUUGAGAUACUACUGCACGUACUGUGAGGCUUCUUCCUCGACUGGCAAUGGUACUAACACUGAGAGCUUUCAGCUUUGCGUUGUCUGCUUUGGCCACGGAUUUCCAGACUGGCAUCCACAUCCUCGUUCUGGCUUUGCAAUUCAAACUAUUGCUGAUAGCCCAAAGCAACUUCAAGACAGUCAUUUGUUGUCAUCAUCCAUGUGGGAAGAGGAUAUCAUGGAGGUACAAGACGAGUGCAUGGAUGAAGCCGCUGUUUCUCUAGGAACAAGUAAAAUAUUCACUGGUGUGGAUGAUAUCGCGAUGCAAGACAAGCAUGGCUACCUGUUUCUUCAAAAGUGGAGCAACAGAAAGAUCUGCGGCUUUUGCAACGAUGAUGAUGACAACUCGCAAGAGCUCGGUUCAUUUGUGGGCCCAUUUGUGUCCAUUACGACAAAGUUGGGGCAAGAAAAGAAGCGUACUUUCUGGGUUCAUGAUGCGUGUGCUAGGUAUUCUCCAGAGGUCAGAUUUUCUGUCGUAGACGGUAAAUGGUACAAUGUCACUCGUGCUCUCAAACGAGGCCGAAGCAUGCGUUGUUUUGCUUGCAAAGAAAAGGGUGCUACUAUCGGCUGCUUUGACUCACGAUGCUCCAAGAGCUUUCAUCUGUCUUGCACCAACAAACCGGUCAACAAUUUUAGGAAUGGAGUCAUUUUUUGGUGCCAUAUCCACGAAGCAGCUCAUGGAAAGAAAGAUGCUUAUAUCAAUGUCUUUCAUUGUGAUGGUUGCAUUAAAAAGUUUUCCAACGAUGAAACAUGGUUUACCUGUGGACAGUGCUCUUUAGACAAUUACUUUUCCUCAUUUGACCUGUGCAAGGAGUGUUAUACUAAAGACGAUGUGAUUAGAAAGCACCAGCAUGACAGAUCUGCUUACAACGAAACAUCUUAUUCACAGAUGGAACGAGCAGAAGCACUCGAGAAAACCAAGAAAGAAGAUGGCAAGUACAAUGUUAAAAAGACACCGCUAUUUUCCCGGCGUUCUCGGAAGCUUCAAAGCGGAUCGACACCUACCUCUUGCUGUUACUGCGGUACAUUGGAAGCGGACACUUGGCGAAAGGGAUACGAUGGAGGCAUCCUCAUGUGCGACACAUGCUUUGGCAUGAUUUACGACAAGGAGCGGCCUACAGAAGGCACUAGCGAAGGAUCAGUUGCCAUUGAAAACUAUGUUGCCUCUAUAGAGGAUUACUCUCACAAGCCUUAUUUCACUCGAGACACAGUAUCAAUGAACAAAUCUUUGGUUGGAUCUCGGCUGACAAGCUAUGGACCUCAAUCAAACCAGCUCUUUUCACUCGCGUUUGAUUCAACUUAUUUUGAUAUUCCUGGAAGAGCACCUCGUUGGGCUACUCACUCUGGAACUGACUAUCAUGGAACAUGGCUACCACAGACGGUGCGCAGGGCCCUGCUGAAAUACACAAAGAGAGAUGAGCGAAUACUGUCCAAUUUCUUAGGCAGAGGAACCGAUGCGAUUGAAUGCUUCUUAUUACAGAGAAAAUGCUGUGGCGUUGACAUCAAUCCGGUUGCCGUUGCGUUGUCCCAGCGUAACUGUUGUUUUGAAGUUCCAGCAGAAUUGACAUUUGCUGAAUACAGGCCCAUCAUUGCACUAGCAGACGCUCGCCAGUUGAAUGGAACUUUGUUUGGCAAUGAAUCAUAUCACCAUAUAUUGUCACAUCCGCCCUACAAAGACUGCGUGGCGUACUCUACACAUUUGGAGGGGGAUCUUUCUCGUUUUACUCGACUGGAAGACUUCAAGACAGAAUAUACGCGAGUUGUCCAAGAGAGCUAUAGAUUGCUCAAGAUGGAUCGAAGAUUGACCUUGGGCAUUGGAGACAAUAGAGAGCAUUGCUUUUAUGUACCGGUUGGAUUUCAUCUAAUGCGAUUGUAUAUUGAUCAAGGAUUUGAACUAGAGGAGUUGAUUGUUAAAAGACAGAGAUACUGCUCUGCCUACGGUCUUGGCACGUAUUUAUGCGUUCAAUUCGAUUUUUUGAUAUUCACGCAUGAGUUUAUUGCUACGUUUAGAAAGGUACCUCAGCAACAGGUGGACAAAAUGCCUUUGAUGCAAGAGGGUCCCAAUACGGCCAAUAAACCACCCUUUACUACUACUUUAUAUGGCAUUCCUCAUUCUGCUAUCGCGAGGAACAGCAGAGUCAUGGGCACAGUGUGGACAUUCAAACUAUCACACCAAUAUACAUUUCAACUAUUGUGUAUCAGUCGAAUGAUUGAAAGAUUUGGUCAAGACGACUGCAAUUGGCUGCAUGUUGAAUUGACAAUCGACUUGACAACACAGGAACAUCAUCAACAACAGCAGAAAUCAAGGCCUCAUGCUGACAAACUGCCAACCUCUUGUACGUCUAGUGCUCUAGAAGUCGAUGAAAUCUCGGAAUAUGAACAGGAAAGGCAAAGAAAGAUCCAAGAAAACAAGGAAGCACUACUCAAACUGGGCCUCAUUUCUGAUCUAAGUCAAGAUUCCGUGGUCAAUGACGGCAUUUACUGUGAUGCCAUGUUAAGCAAGAGGCCAUACCCUCAUGCUAAUCUGGUAGUCAUGGUAACAGGCCAUAUCGAGAACUUGCUUCCAAAUCAAAUCGACCUGUAUCGUAAAUCAAUUAUACAGCUUGCUCAAGAUGCUACGCACCAAUUGGCGAUAAAAGGUAUUCUGGUCGUUGGAACAAAAGAUGUUCGAGAUCAAAUCAGCGGAAAACUAUGGCCUGUUUCGAUGUUGGUCUUAGAAGACGUAGAGAGGAUCAGCAAUGGACUACUGAAGCUGAAAGAGAUGGUGAUUACCGUACCCGAAGGAUAUGCCAAGGACAAAGACGCAUUUGCAGCUGAGGUACACGGGGAAAAAGAGCAAUCAGAGCAUUUGCCAAUUGUUCAUGCAAUAUAUUUUGUUUUCCAAAAACAAUAA